AUGAGUAAAAGAGAAGCCGACACAGAUCUCAAGGUAGAGUCCAAGGCAAGGAAAGUUGGUGAGGAUAUUGCUAUAGAUUCAGAGUUAAUGGCGCACCAUGAAAAGAAGGAUGGAGAGGAUAAAUCAGCUGGUGAAUACAAUCCUAGUGAAGUUCAUGCUGCUCAUCGUGCUGAAAAUGGAACUAGCAAUGAUGGUACAGCUGACGUUGCUGCAAGUACUGGUACUGCUGAUGCUGCUGCUGCUGCUGAUGCUGGCGCUGGCGCUGUUACUGAUGGUGCCAGUGCUGGUGCUGGUGCUGGUGCUGACGAUGCUAAUUCUGCUGCUGCCACAUCUGAAGCUGCCGUGGAUGCUGCCAAGACAGAAAAUUCUGGGAACGCCGUUAGCGAUGCCGCAACAACUCCUACUGCCACUACCUCGUCUGCUUCUGCAGUUGAUGUUGCAAAAGAGCAAGUAGAACAAGCUCAAAAACAACAGGCUUAUCACCAAAACUAUCUCAGGCAAAAUGCAGAAGCACACCAACAACAACAGCAACAGCAACAAGCUCAGCUUGCUCAGCAGCAUAAACAACACGAGGAGCAACUGCAACAACAACAAGCCCACGAGCAAUUACAAUCUCAUCAACAGCAACACCAGCAACAACAACAACAUCAACAACAUCAUCAUCAUCAACACCAACAUCAAUCGCCUCCACCACAACAGCUGUCUCCUCCGCAAGUCCGUGACUCUCCUCCUGUUGGCGUGCCAGAAACAACUUAUAGACAAAUGUUAAGUACCGAGAAGCCACAGCACGGUUCUGAAGAGUGGCACAGAUUAAGAAAAGCCAACCAUAAAGAAGUUGAGAGAAAGAGAAGAGAUGCUAUAAAUCUCGGAAUCAAGGAGCUUGCUGAGUUGAUUCCAACAAGAGAUACAAACAAGACCCAAAUCUUGCAAAGAGCAGUUGAAUAUAUCAAAAGAUUGAAAGAAAAUGAAAACAAUAAUAUUGAGAAAUGGACAUUGGAAAAAUUGUUGACCGAACAGGCCGUUUCUGAGUUGAGUGCUUCAAAUGAGAAGUUGAAGCAAGAGUUGGAAAGGGCCUAUCGUGAGAUUGAACAUUUGAAAGAGUCAAGAAAAUAG